GAACAGCUUCUACGAGCUCGAGCCAGAUUAUGCAAAUCAUUACACAAAGGUUUGCGGAAGAAAGGCAUGGUAUAUAGGCCCAGUUUCACGCUGCAACAAGGACGCUGAAGACAAAGCUAAUGGAGAUUGCAAUGGGUCUUGAGGCUUCGGGGCAGCAAUUCAUCUGGGUUGUGAAGAAAGACAAAAAUGAAAAAGAAGAUGAAGAUUGGUUACCCAUGGGAUUUGAGAAGAGAAUGGAAGGUAAGGGACUGAUUAUAAGAGGUUUGGCACCCCAAGUUUUAAUUUUGGAUCAUGAAGCAGUGGGAGGAUUUGUGACACAUUGUGGGUGGAACUCGACAUUAGAAGGAGUGACUGCUGGGCUGCCUAUGGUGACAUGGCCAUUGUUUUCUGAGCAAUUUGUCAAUGAGAAGUUAGUGACUGAGGUAUUGAAGAUUGGGGUUCCUGUUGGUGCUCAGCAAUAUGUUGAUUAGAGUAGUAAUGAUAAUCCUAUAAAGAAGGAAGCAAUAGAGAUGGCAGUGAGGCAACUCAUGGAAGGUGAAGAAGCAAAGGAAAUGAGAAGCAGAGCCAAAGAACUUGGGGAGAUGGCAAGGAGAGCCAUAGAAGAAGGUGGAUCAUCUUAUUCCCAUUUGAAUGCUUUUAUUGAAGAGUUAAAGGCCCUCCACAAUUAAGUAUGUUGGAAUGAAUGGAUAUGGAUUUUUUUACUGUUCUAGUCGCCCAUUAUAUGGGUAAAUUUGUUGAAAUA